AUGGGUAAAAAGAAUUUCAAGGAUCUCUAUCGACGCAUCAAAAGUGAAUUUGGAUCAGUGAGUUGUAAAACAUCCUAUUUCUGUGAUAAAUUCAAUGCAUCAAGCAAUUAUGCUGGUGCUAUUAUCUAUUCAAUUGAUGGGAAGUUUAAAUGGGAAAAUCAAGAAGGUGGAAAGGCCAAUGGAUUUAAAGGUAGAAGUUUUUAUAUAAUUAUACAAUGUACAGAUGAUUGGCCAGUGGAACAUCUCAAAGCGGCAGGACAAGGACGUGUGCAUGAUUACCUCUUGAAAAACGUCAUGGGUAUUGAGUAUGAUCAGGAUCGAAUUGCUUGUGGUGGCUUUGCAUAUGUGAAUGGAGAACUAAGGUUCAGUAGUGUUUGGCUAAAUGGCAGAAGUCAAACUGGUGCCGAAAGUGAUGGGAACAAAAUGCUCAGUGAUCUUGAAAAGGUCUUAGUGACUCAUUGCUUCGAGGAGUAUAAAAAGCAUGGUGGAAAUCACGCAUUUUCGGUUCCAUCUUGUAUAGAUCGAAUACUGUCUAACUAG